GCAAGCUGAUGCGCAUGUCGGCGGAAGACUUUCAUUACAGCAGCGCAGAGUGAGUGAUCUGGUAGCCGCUGCUGCAGGAGGAAGGAUCGCGGUUCUACCCGUACUACCUUUCAGUUUCGCCUUAAAAUUACAUCGACCGGUUUCACCGGACAGAUAGCUUUAAUUUGUGUGAUAGCCCAAGGUAUUGAUUGUGACACAUUUGUGAGUAGCGAUCCACAGAUAUAGGGAACAGCCGCCAUUUUAACCGAGUAUAACACGUUUUCGGUGACAGCAGCACAAGCACAACAAUGGCUCUGAAAAGAAUUCACAAGGAAUUGAAUGACCUGGCUCGUGAUCCUCCUGCCCAAUGUUCGGCUGGACCAGUUGGAGAUGACAUGUUUCAUUGGCAGGCGACAAUAAUGGGACCAAACGACAGUCCUUACCAGGGUGGAGUGUUUUUCCUUACUAUCCACUUCCCCACAGAUUACCCCUUCAAACCGCCAAAGGUUGCAUUCACCACAAGAAUCUACCACCCGAAUAUCAACAGCAACGGAAGCAUCUGUCUCGACAUACUGAGGUCGCAGUGGUCCCCCGCCCUCACCAUCUCCAAAGUUCUCCUGUCAAUCUGCUCUCUGCUGUGCGACCCAAACCCAGAUGACCCCCUUGUACCUGAGAUUGCUCGCAUCUACAAGACUGACAGGGAAAAGUACAACAGAAUAGCUCGGGAAUGGACACAAAAGUAUGCAAUGUAGUUCCGGAGCCUUGGAUUUACGGCGGGAAAAACAAACAGAUGAAAAAAAACAACAAAAACAAAACAGCCCACGCCACCUCUCUGUCUCCGUUUUUACGGCGACUACUCAAGUUUAAGCAAAAGAGAAAAAAACAAAAGCAAACUAAAAACAGGUCUCAAAUUCCAUUGGAGUGUUUAGCUCCUUGCCACCCCCUUCCCCCCUCCUAGUCGCCACAACCCUCCCUCCCUUGCCCAGCAGACAUGGUGUGUACAUACUCUCUCUGCCCCUCCCAUAAGACCCCAAUUCUUCCUCUCCUCUCUCUCUCUCUCGUCCUCCUCUGUCCACGUCUCUUCCUCCUUGCCAUCGGUCAUCCCUCCAUCCUUCUCUUUCACCUCCUUGAGACACACGCUCCAUGUCUUGCUCCUGCCUCUCUCCGUCGCCAAUGCGGCCAAACGCCCCCCCGCCUGCUACUGUGAAUCGGGGGGUUGUCCAGUUUAGCUGCCGCAGCAUUGCGACUUUUGUUCCGCAAGCAUUCCUUGUUCUUUCGUAAUUCCGAAAGGCAAGUUCACUCAAAUUUAAUGAAUACAAGAAAACAGUUUGCUGGGGUCGCCGGUCAGAGGAGUUGAGGAGGUUUGGAUCGGGGGUGGUGUCGGGUGGGGGGACUGGGCAUACCCAUCAUUAUUAUGGACCUUCAUGUUCUCAUCCUUUCCACUACCCAGGCUUGUAUUUGAGGCUUGGAUGGGUGUUUUUCUGUCCCCGCCCCCCCCCAGUUUACCCUUUUUUAUUUCUUCCUCUUACUUGGGUCAGUGGAGGGGGUAUGCUGGCUUGUAUUUUGUACAAAAUCUUAAAGGAAUUCUUUUAAAUAAAAUCAUAGCAGACCUUUUUAAGGGGGAAUAAAGACAGUUGAUCUUUUGGAUCAUUCUAAAGGACUUGAAUUCUAUAAAUAUAUAAAUAUUUGUUUUCCAUUCGCCAUAACCAUGUCUCUUCUCUACCCCACUCAGCCCUGUCCAACAUUCCCCCCCAUCUCUCUCUCUCUCUCUCUCUCUCUCUCUCUCUCUCUCUCUCUCUCUCUCUCUCUCUCUCUCUCUCUCUCUCUCUCUCUCUCGCACACGCACACAUAUUCUCUCUCCCUCUCUCUGACGUGCACACACCUACUCUUACACCUUCGCACCCACACACGCAAGAUAUGGACCAGUUUAUUUAAGCCCUUUAGUUGAGUAUUUGUGUUUUCUGGUUGGCUCUUGGGCCGUAGGUUGUGUUUUUUUCUUUUCUUUUUUUUUUUUCUUUCUUUUUUAUUUAGAUGCUAACAUGCGGCUGUGGGGGUGCACGCUAGCCCCCUACCAUUGCCCUGUCCCUGCCCCCUUCACCCCCCCCUGAGGACCAUCUACACACACACACACAUGCACACACACACACACACACACACACACACACACGUGUGCGCGCACACAUACACACACAACUCUGUAUAUUUAAUUACCGGAAAGCUCUAUUGGGCUUUGUGUGUUGAUUAAAAACUGUGUAAUAAAAUGAUUACUAAAGUCAUAA